CUUCAAUUGCAUUGCUUUUUCGAGUUCUAUUUUAAAAUAUAUUUAUAUAAUUAAAUAGUAAACAUAUUAAUAUGAAGAAAUCACUUCAACCGUGAAAAUAAAUCACGAUCAAGUGCGCUUUUGGCACACGCGACGAGUGCCCACCACACUCGCACACAUUGUCAUAAGAAUACAGCGAAACAAAAACAGAAAAUAUUAAAAGACAAAGCAACAGCAAACCGAAGUUUUUUCGUGCAUGUGCUUGUGCUCGACUUUGGUAAAAUAGCCUUCAAAAUUAUAAAAGUAACAUAUACUUUUGGAUAGCAGAAGGUUGAUGGCAGAACUGAAAGAAAUUGCAAUUGACCGCCCUAAGGCAAUUAUUACGAAUCUGAAAUCAUAAAUCCCUCGCUACACGACAUAUAAUGCAGUAAGAAAACUUAAAAACAGCAAUGUCAAUUUUGACACGAAAUUGAGUUCAAAAGGCAAACAUCAGCGCCCUUAAAUAUAGCAACAGCAUUUGCAGUAAUAACAACAAAAAAUAUACGUUUUAGUUGUGAUACGAAACAUAGGAACAUACUUACUAUAUUAACAAUUUGUGCGCACAACAAAUACCUAGGCGCGUAUUGGGCUUAAGCUUAAAAACGGAUACAAAGAACUCAAGUGGUGAGCAGCAGGGAACGGAAUUAGCCUCCAACAUGGACUCGGAUAACGAAUUUCUCGACAAUGUCGACUCGGGCAACGUCUCGUCCGGCGAUGAGGGCGACGAGGAUUUCGGUAUGGAUGUGGAUCCGGCAAGUUCGACCGAACGUCAGUUGGAUACUGAGGAAUAUCAAUACAAGGUGCUCACCACAGAUGAAAUCGUGCAACAUCAGCGAGAGAUAAUUGACGAAGUCAAUGUUGUGUUGAAGCUCUCCACGCCAACGACACGCAUAUUACUAAACCAUUUCAAAUGGGACAAGGAAAAGCUGUUUGAAAAAUAUUUCGAUGGAAAUCCAGAAGAGUUUUUCAAAUGCGCGCACGUUAUAAAUCCUUUUUCGAAAGGAACUGAAGCCGUGCGACAGAAAACUACGCGUAAUCAUCCCGAAGAGUGUGAAAUUUGCUUCUCAUUGUUGCCGCCAGAUUCUAUGACUGGCUUGGAGUGUGGUCAUCGUUUCUGUUUGACCUGCUGGCGCGAGUAUCUGACAACGAAAAUCCUAACGGAGGGACUCGGACAGACAAUAUCGUGCGCCGCGCAUGGCUGUGAUAUUUUAGUCGAUGACGUCACCGUCACAAAACUAGUGCCCGACACGCGCGUCAAAGUCAAAUACCAACAGCUGAUCACUAACAGCUUCGUUGAAUGCAAUCAGCUGCUGCGUUGGUGUCCGUCCGUCGAUUGCACAUACGCCAUCAAGGUCAACUACGCUGAGUCGCGUCUGGUCCGAUGUAAAUGUGGCCAUGUAUUCUGCUUUGCCUGUGGCGAGAACUGGCACGAGCCUGUGCAGUGUCGUUGGCUUAAGAAGUGGAUCAAAAAGUGUGACGAUGACUCCGAGACAUCCAACUGGAUUGCUGCCAAUACCAAAGAGUGUCCCAAAUGCAGCGUGACUAUCGAGAAAGAUGGUGGCUGCAACCAUAUGGUCUGCAAGAAUCAGAACUGUAAGUAUGAUUUUUGCUGGGUAUGUCUAGGAUCGUGGGAGCCGCAUGGCUCUUCGUGGUAUAAUUGCAAUCGCUAUGAUGAGGACGAAGCGAAGGCGGCACGUGAUGCCCAGGAGAAGCUUCGCUCAUCACUUGCCAGAUAUCUGCACUAUUACAACCGCUACAUGAAUCACAUGCAAUCUAUGAAGUUUGAAAACAAACUGUACGCUUCUGUUAAACAGAAAAUGGAGGAAAUGCAGCAACACAAUAUGUCAUGGAUUGAGGUGCAAUUUCUUAAAAAAGCUGUCGACAUACUUUGCCAAUGUCGCCAGACGCUCAUGUACACAUACGUCUUUGCGUAUUACUUAAAGAAGAACAAUCAAUCUAUGAUAUUUGAGGAUAAUCAAAAGGAUCUGGAGUCGGCUACAGAAAUGUUAUCCGAGUAUUUGGAACGUGAUAUUACAUCUGAGAAUUUGGCUGAUAUUAAACAGAAAGUGCAAGAUAAAUAUAGAUACUGUGAGAAGCGUCGUACUGUUUUGCUUGAUCACGUACAUGAAGGUUAUGAAAAGGACUGGUGGGAUUACACAGAAUGACGUGAGUCCUGGCUGGACAACUGAGUCGAAACGGACGGGCAGUACAACAUCAGUGCAGCGCAUUAAAAUGCAAUCCUAGGAAAAACCAUAAACAGAAAACCCAAAACAGUUGAAAUAGCUCUGAUUAAGUGAAAAAUAUAUAAAACAUAAUAUAUACCCACAUAGAUAUUUAUGCGGAUAUACCAUUGUAUACUCUUUGAAAAACUAAGUAACUGAUGAGUUCUAGGGUCGGACCCUGGGCCAGCUGCCAUAGUUCAGAAAUUACGUAAAACUGUCUCUUUAAAAAAAUUCUCUGGAAUCGCGCUUGGCGUAUUUAGCAGAGUAAAUUGGAUUAAAUAUUAGUUGCUGGUCAAGAUUAAUCUCAAUGAAACAAAACGUGAAAACCAA